AUGUUAACAUCUCUUCUAGAACUCUUGGGAUCCAAAUCAAGUUCGGGUUACGCCUUUAAUUACACGGGGAAAGUGUACGAAUUCGAUAAUAAUACAAUCAUGAAUUGCUACAGAGAACAUGAAUCGGAAAACGGUAAAAAUAAUAUUGAAGAUAAUGAAGAAAGCAACAUUGUAAUACCCGUGAUAUCUACAGCAAUUGUAUUAUUACUAUUAUUAAUAAUAUUGUUUUUGUAUUGGAAGUCUAAAUCGCAAUCAGGGAGGAAUGAUUCAAACCAAGAAAACCUUUACGCGACUCCUAACGUACUGUAUGCUGAUUUACAAGAAAUGAAUGCAUCAACGAAUACCCAACUUAAAAAAGAUGACUCGCCCUAUUCAGAAAUUAUUGGCAUUUUGGAACCUAAACGCAAAGAAGAAGUUCACUACGAAGAAAUACAAAUGAAUAGUCAAAAUAGCAAAAAAGAAAAGGUUGUAUAUUCAGAAGUAUCUAACAAAGGAUGCUAGCAUUCCAUUGUUAUUAAUAUUCAUUGCUCUGCAGGCUACACUGGUUACGCAGUCCACGCUGCUAGAUUUCUUUAUUCACAUCCCUGAAGUUUAGCUGUAUCAAUUUUCAAAAACAACUUAGAGAUCUAUUGUUACUAUGAGCGUGUAUUGUUUACUCAAUUACUUUAUUUGUUGUUAUAAAAAAAUGGUAUAUUACGCUAUAUAAACUAGCCCUAGUGUAUGCAGUCAAACGUAUACAUUUUU